GGAGUCGCAGUGAUGAAGGUCCUGGCCCUCACCUUCCUCUGCCUCCUCAUUGCAGUGAAUGAAGCCAAAGUGUUUGAGAAAUGUGAACUGGCGGCGUUUUUCAAACAGCAUGGGCUGGAUGGAUAUUAUGGCCACAGCCUGGGCAACUGGAUCUGCACGGCAUAUCAUGAGAGCAGAUAUGACAGCGGUGCUGUGGGGCCACCAAACACGGAUGGCAGCCGUGACUAUGGGAUUCUUCAGAUAAACAGCCGCUGGUGGUGUGACAAUGGACAGGGUGAAACAGCGAAUGGCUGCAGAAUCUCCUGUGAUGCUUUCACAAAUGAUGACAUCAUAGACGAUAUUGAGUGUGCCAAGACUGUUGUCCGUGACCCCCAAGGGAUGGAUGCCUGGGUUGCUUGGAAGAACCAUUGCAAAGGAAGAGAUCUGUCAGAGUGGACACAUGGCUGCAGCCUCUGA